AUGAGUAUUGACACUUUUGAAGAAGCCAUGCACCCAGUUCUGAUCGAUAUUAGGCUCAAGUUUGCACGGAGGCGCGGCUGGGAAGGAACUAACACUCAAAGAGAGCAAGAAACUCGUUCGGUCGACUCGACUGGUGAGAAGACUCGUUCCUUCUACUCAUUCGCUGGUCGUGUCUGCGCCGUACAAGGCAGCAAAUGA